CCUUUCAGUUAGCUUCCCCUUGGUGCAAGUGCCGUCCGGGUCGGGGAUUAUCCUCUUCGCCAAGGGGUCUCAGUUGUGAUUACAUCCUGCACUGCCUGGUUUUUCAUCUACAAUCACAGUAAUUCGCUCCUUUCAUUUCACAUCUCGAAGAAACUUCAACAUUGACGGAAUCAUUCAGGUCACAAACUGAACCUACCAAAAAUAGGCGCCAUGGAGUCAAGUCGUCGCUGACUGGCUAAGCAGCCAGGGGUAAAAUACUACACAGGCAUUCCCAUGCGUUCUAGACUAUCUGCAAGACCAAAGGAAUCAUUGCGACAUUCUUCUUAAUGACGUUUUCCGAGAUGCCUCAGGAUUCUUCGACUCUUCCAAAGUUCAUAUCAUGGGUUUGCUGGGUUGACCCAACAAGGACAGAUACUCCCAAAAUGCAUGAAUCGCAAAAAGUCAUUUCACAUUCGCCGAUCUCCCCUCCCAUUCUCUCCAGCCAAUCGACUUUGCACCCUUUAAAGCCUAGCCCAUCCACGGAUCUUCACGCUGAUCAAACAUUGGUGUCUGCUCGCGCUGUGGGUGUCCAAGACGUUUCGUCAUUGUGCCUCUUCAGUGCUGAGCAGGUCUCACCGCCUUUGGAUUGAAAGGAAAAGCAAGGAAGAAACCUCCGUCAAACACCAGUUUUACAAGUUCCAAGAAAGACGGAUCAAGGGAUUGCGGAAAGCUUAAAUGUUGAAACGGACCGUGACAACAAUGUUCUAGAAUUGCAAUAUUGGUGCUUGGCAUGGUUAUGCGCUUGCCGACCCUGGUUCAUAAUACCGGACUUUUAAACCGACUUCAAGGUCACGACCAUCACGAACUGAUAUAAACUGACGGAUAUCCCUCGGACAUGCGGCUCUUUUCCCUCUCUAACCUCAACCCAGAAGUAGAUCAACAACAAGAGCAGGGAGACUGGACGACGAGAUAGUCAACACUGCCCACUGCUUCACUGCCCACCAGACCCACCACUACGGUACUUUUCUCAAUUUGCACGAUAUUCCCGCGCGCGUGAUUUACAACCAAUCAACUACAUGACCUCCAUCCCCAACCAUUGCCAUUUUUUUCUCAAGCAUUUGAUCUCGGAAGUCGGGAGACCUGUGAGGCAGUGCUCGGUCUUUAGCAGGACAUAAGAGACGGAUCGUCUAUACCAACAGGA